AUGAAUUCUUCUAAAACAACUACUCUUUUCGUAUUACUUAACCUAACUAUUUUCACAUGUGUCUCAUCCACCGACCCAGCAUGCCCUCCAACAUCUCUCCCUAAACCACCAACCAGUAGCAAGUGUCCUAAAGACACCCUAAAAUUUGGUGUCUGUGGUGACUGGCUAGGGCUAGUUCAUGAAGUCAUUGGGGCUCAACCAGAUAGUGAAUGUUGCACAUUGAUUAAAGGUCUAGCUGACCUUGAAGCAGCAUUGUGUUUAUGCACAGCAAUUAAGGCUAAUGUGCUUGGUGUCCUUAAGGUUAAUGUCCCUAUUGCUCUUAGUUUGGUGCUCAAUUCAUGUGGAAAGAAGGUUCCGGAAGGGUUUAAGUGUGAAUGA